AGAGCUUAUAUCAAAGAAAGUGGUAGAAGCGCUUGAAUUUUUAUAAUUUUCAACAUGGCAUCGGCAGUUAGAGCAGCAAGCGGCAGUAGAACAUUGAAGCAGCUGUUGUACGAGCUGAAAAACAUCAGCUCGGUUGACGGUGCUGCAACGUGCUCGCUUGCAGGAAAGUACAUUACGGAGCAGUACCGGCGCUUCGAAACGACGGAGCAGCAGCACUGUCGAGCGAAAGAAGAGCUCCAGUUUACUGCGGAAACGUAUCGGUGCUAUUUGGAAAGCAUACGCAGGUUGAAGGAUUUAAACGAAAGCUACCGCGGUAAAGGCGAACGUAGCAUCCGGGAGACUGCAGAUAUGGUGGGAUUUAAAUUGCCACAUGAUCCAAAGUAAACACGUGGCGCUAAUUCAAUGAUACUACCCACGACCAAUAACCGAAGGAAAUAAUUAUAUUUCUCUGUACAAGACCUAUGCACAGCUUCAAAUGCGCCUAUAAUAAA